AGCAAGCUAUGGCCUGGGAAUAAUGGUCCAAGUUCGGGCAUGGUCCACACACCGACUUAUGCUUAAUGUUCUUCCGGGAAGUGAGAAAGUUAAAUACACGUCGUUUCCCAUACCAGACAGUGUGCCCCUUAUCCCUUCUAGACAAGACAGUGUCUUAACUCUAUAUACUAUUCCAUUCUUCAAGAGCUGUGCUCUGUUUUCAUUCAUUCCCAGCUUCUGUCAUUCCUUGAUACCCAACUCUUCAGUUCUCACUUCACGACAGUCAUUUCAAAAUGAGGUCCUCCAUGAUCAUUCUUAUUGCUACCGGCCUGGUGUCGGGUCUGAGCAUCCCUAAGCAGCUGGAUACCCGCCAGGUAAUCGCCCAGGCGCCUGCUGCCGCUGCACCUGCACCUAUUGCCCCGGCCGCUCCUCCCGCCGAGGCUCCUGCCGCUGCCCCCCCUGCGGAAGCCCUUCCUGCUGAGGGUCCUGUCGCUGCACCUCCUGCUGAGGGCGGUGACGCCGCUGCCGAGGAGAAGAAGAAGGCCGAAGAGGAGGCCGCCCGCAAGGCUGCGGAAGAAGCCGCCAAAGCCGGCGGAGGCGCUGGCGCCGGUCAGGAUGAUGCCGCGAAGCAGCAAGAGGAGGCUGCUAAGCAAGCUGAGGAAGAAGCCAAGAAGCAGCAGGAAGAGGCAGCAAAGCAGGCCGAAGAGGCUGCCAAGAAGCAGGAGGAACAGCAGAAAGAGGCCGCCAAGGAGGCCGCCAAGGAAGCCGAGAAGGCGAUGAAGGAGUACCAGAAGCAACAAGAAGGCGAGAACAAGGGCAACGAUAACAACAGGGGCGACGGCAACAACCGUGGUAAUGACAACGACCGGGGCAACGGCCGCAACCGUAACAAAAACAACGACAACAACAAGAACAACGCCGUUCUUCUCCAGAACAUCCAGCUACUCCUCGCCGUCAUGGGUCUUCAGAACGUUGUCAACGUUCAGGCUCUCGCUCAGCUCCAGGCGCAGCAGCAGCUUGUCAUGCUCGCCCAGCUCCAGCAACUUGCCCAGCUCAACGCCGUUGGAUUGAUCAACUCUGUCCAGCUUGUCGGCCUUAUGCAGCAGGGUCUCGUGCUCGGUGGUGUCAGCGGUGUCAAUAUUGUCAAGAUCCAAUGAGUGAGGCUUCAAGCUUCUAGCUCUCAGAGUGAGAUGCGGCAGGGUUGACGAUCGCCGGUAUGGUAGGUGGGAAGAUUCUAGACCCUGAGAUAAAUGCUUUAGCACCGAGGGUACCUUUUAUGUACAAAUGCGAAGGAUGCAGCAUCUUGUAACAAACCCUACUCGAGGGGCGCCUAGUGGGACAUUCGUCAAGAGGGCUUGAAACGAUGGCAUUUGGAGGCACUCUGACUAUCUCGCUGCAAAGACAGCCGGGUGCAAAGGGGUUCGUUCAUUGGAUUCGGGCUCUGGGUUACGGCGCAUCAUCCAAGACCAUCCUAUCUAUUCGAGAUAUGGGACUGUGGUUGGCAUGUGCUAUAAUGUACUUUAUCUAUAAUGCCAUGUUCACCUGCCACAAAUUUGAGUGUUGUCGCCUCGGCGCGCCAAGUCGUCCCGAAGUUUUGCUGGUCUUACGAGCGGUUCGAGGGUUUCGUCGGGGUAUUCUAGCUCAGAAGUCAAGCCCUUGACAGAAGUCCGAUAAAAGCUUGGCGACACUACUUGUUUGGUGCG